AUGUCUUAUAAGUCUGGUUAUAUCGAAUCCUCUAACGGCCCUUGCCGUGAGAACUCGAGGUCGCGAGUCGAAGACUCUCGACAUGUGUAUUGUCCUAUUGAAUCUGUACCCUAUGGGUCCUUGUCACUCCACUCUCCCCCCAGUACUCGACAUACAAUGUCACAUCACGAUCAUGGAGAUCGUGAAUACUCUGAGGCCCACUUUCCCGUGAUGCCGGCACGUUCGCUACGCAAAUGCCAAGUCGCUGCCCAUCCACCAUCUGUUCCCUCCUUCGUCAGUCAUCAGGAUUCCCCACCAACAGUACAUUCCCUUUGGGAACGCCAAGUCACCGAAGGCCCUAUUAGUCAGUCCUCAUUGCACGCUUAUGAUAUCAACCUGCUACCGUUGCGACCUCGCACAUGGUACACUCCAUUGAGGAGUGCCAAGUACCUGUGGCUGACCCAUCUGUCCUGGCAUCUCCGACUACCUACCAUCAAUCCCUUAAUAGCUCACUACAUCACCAAUUGUGAUCGAUGGGAAUUUGAUCGUCCACUCCCAGGCAAGACUGGGAUCACUCAUCGUGUCAUAUCCAUCCCCGGCCAUCGACUUCCGGUCUCUCCGAUCCCUCCGUUCUAA